UGUUCUGGUUUUUACAGCAGCUUUCAGUCCCACUGAGUCAGUGUUGGUCAAAGAGUGAACUCAGGAACAUGGCUUCAUCCUCUGUCAGCUUCUGGAUGCUCCUCAUCACCGUCUGCAGCACAGAUGGAUUCAUGCAAUAUGUAUCAGAACAUUGUCUCUUUAACUCCACUGAGCUGAAGGACAUCGAGUACAUUUACUCUCAUUAUUACAACAAGAAGGAGUUGAUCAGGUUCAGCAGCAGUUUGGGUGAAUUUGUUGGAUACACUGAGUUUGGAGUGAAGUGGGCAGAACAAGCAAACAAAGAUACUUCAGAGCUGAGUGGGAGGAAAGCUCAGAAGGAGACGUACUGCCAACACAACAUUGGUAUCUGGUACAGCAACAUUCUGUCUAAAUCAGCUCCGCCCACCAUCAGGCUGUACUCCACGACGCCCCCCUCUGGUCAUCAUCCAUCCAUGCUGGUCUGCAGCGUCUACGACUUCUACCCCAAAAACAUCAAAGUGAGCUGGUUCAGAGACGGGAAGGAGGUCACCUCAGAUGUUACCUCCACCGAGGAGAUGGAGGACGGGGACUGGUACUACCAGAUCCACUCACACCUGGAGUACACACCCAGGUCUGGAGAGAAGAUCUCCUGUGUGGUGGAACACGCCAGCCUGAAAGAACCUCUGAGAACCGACUGGGAUCCGUCCAUGCCUGAGUCUGAGAGGAACAAGAUCGCUAUCGGAGCCUCAGGACUGGUUCUGGGUCUGGUCUUAUCUCUGGCUGGAUUCAUCUACUACAAGAGGAAGGCCCGAGGACGUACUCUGGUUCCAACCACUAACUGAGGACGGAUCCUGGUCCUGCCUUUGGUUCUGAUUCUGGUCCUGGUCCUAGUUCUGGUUCUGUUUGUCAGAUGGGAUAAUAAUGAGUUUGUGCUUCAACCUGCUUCCUGUUUUCAGAUGAUGAUUAGCUAGAGACUUUAUUCCUUCUGUGGGGAAAUUAAUAUGAUAAAUAAAAAUACAAUAAAGAGAGGGUCUGGACUGUUCUAGACCUGAUCCAGGACUGGACCUAAUGCUCAAACUGGACCUGUUCUGCUGGUCCUGGACGAGAGUUGUAGUUGGUCCGAUCCUGGACCAGGGCUCUAGUCCUGGUUCUGCUGGUCCAGGUCUCUGUUUCUGCUGGUCCUGGUUCUACAGGUCCUGGACAAGGUCCAGGUCCUGGUUCUGCUGGUCCUGGUUCUCCUAGUCCUGGUCCUGGUCCUGGUUCUGUUGCUUCUUGUAUCUGCUUCCAAAUCAUGUAAUCAGGUCUUUGAUUCUGCUGCAGCUCAUCUGAUUCACAUUCUGACAUUUUUACAGGAUGUUUAAUAAACCGUCUCCAACUCUGA